AUGGACUGCACCUCCCCUCUCCGCCCUGCCCUUCAGCGUCGGCUGCAGCCGGCUCCCUGGAAGGAUUCCUGCAGUGUGAGCUCCCAGCACAGCGAGCACAGCCCGAGCCCACAUGGCUGGGGACCCCAGCACGGCCGCCUGGAGCCACUGCAGUGCCAGGACCUGCUGGUCCAGAAUGCACUCUUCACUGGAGACCUGGACAUGGUGCGGAAGUACUUCACCAAGAGCUCAGCCAUCAAUCUCAUCAUCGAGACCAGGGGUGAUGUGCUGCGCUGGACUAGCAGCAAACGUGGACUGUGGUCGCUGAGCUACGAGCAGGAGCUGACCACGCCGCUGCACAUCACGGCGGGCCGCGGCUACACGGAGUGCCUGCGGCUGCUGCUGCUGCGCGGCGCCGCCGUGGACCUGGCCCCGGGGGGCAGGACGGCCCUGCAUGAGGCCUGCGCGGCCGCCAGCGCCGCCUGCGCGCGGCUGCUGCUCUGCGCCGGGGCCGACCCCGAGGCCGUCUCCGAGCAGGGCUACCGGCCCCUGCACCUCUGCAAGAGCUCCGACUCCAUCGGGUGUGUGCAGCAGCUGCUGCAGCACGGUGCCAGUGUGAACAGCCAGACGGAGGAGGAGCAGGACACAGCGCUGCAUGUGGCAUCGCGGCACGGCCUGGCAGAGCACGUCCAGCUGCUUCUGCGCCACGGGGCUCGACUGGACGUGAGGAACAAGGAGGGGCAAACACCGCUGAAUGCUGCCUGUGCCCAGCAGCACCAACCCCAGGACAUGGACCGCUACUACCGGGUGUGCCAGCUGCUGGUGGAGAGCGGUGCCAGCGUCAACGCCGAGGACCGGGACCGGCAGCACCCGCUGCACCUGGCCUGCAAGAAUGCCAACGCUCAAAUCGCGGAGUUACUGCUGGCCCGGGGUGCCAAUGUCAAUGUCAUGAACUACGGCGGCAACACGGCCCUGCACAAUAUCCUGCAGGUGGCUGCCUACAAGCGCGAGCACCGCCCGGAGCUCGUGGUGCGAGCGCUGCUGAACCACGGCGCCGUGCGCGUCUGGCCGGGCUCCCUCCUCAAGGUGCUGCGGUGCUGCCACAGCUGCCCGCGUGUCAUCGAGGCCCUGGUGAACAGCUACAGCCACGUGCGCGUCUCCGAGGACUGGCUGGCAGCAGUUCCAGCAGAAGUGGUACAGAAAUACCCAUGUUUCUACCAGUCCCUUUUCUCCCUGGGGCACAGACCUCGGUCCCUGCAGCACCUGGCUCGCUGCGCACUCAGGAGCCUCCUGGAGGGCCGGCUGCUGCUGGUCCUGUCCCAGCUGCAUCUGCCCAGUGCCCUGCACCAGUUCCUGCUGCUCGGCUUCGAGGACGUUCUCUACUAG